AUGGCCUCCAAAGAGGUCCCAAUUCCGGGCCCCAAGGGCGUCCCAUUCUUGGGAAAUAUCUACGACAUCGAACCUGAGCUACCUUUAAAUAGCUUCGAGCUAAUGGCCGAUAACUAUGGCGAAAUCUAUCGAUUGACCACUUUUGGCAGAUCACGAGUAUUCAUCAGUUCUCACGAGCUAGUAGACGAAGUCUGUGACGAGGAACGCUUCACUAAAGUGGUUUCCGCUGGUCUACAUGAGAUCCGCAAUGGCAUUAAUGACGGUCUAUUCACUGCGAACUACCCCGGUGAAGAGAACUGGGCUAUUGCGCACCGCAUUCUUGUUCCUGCGUUCGGUCCACUGAUGAUUCGCGGCAUGUUUGAUGAGAUGUAUGAUAUUGCCACUCAACUGGUUAUGAAAUGGGCUCGCAUUGGUCCUACAGCUCCCAUCCAGGUUGCGGAUGACUUCACGCGCUUGACGCUAGAUACCAUUGCUCUUUGUGCUAUGGGCACUCGCUUCAACUCAUUCUAUCACGAUGAAAUGCACCCAUUCGUCGAGGCAAUGGUUGGCUUGCUGGCCGGUUCUGGAAAUCGAGCUCUUCGGCCUGCUUUGUUUAACAACCUACCCACUGCGGAAAAUAACAAGUACUGGACUGAUAUCGAGUACCUGCGGAAUCUAGCCCAGGAAUUAGUCGAUUCACGAAAGGAGAACCCUGUGGAGAAGAAGGAUCUUCUCAAUGCGCUUAUUCUUGGCCGGGACCCGCAGAGUGGCCGGGGUAUGACAGAUGACUCAAUUGUAGACAACAUGAUCACAUUCCUCAUCGCUGGACAUGAGACCACCUCCGGCAUGUUGUCGUUCCUGUUUUACUAUCUUCUCAAAAGCCCGAGCGCAUACAAGAAGGCUCAAGAGGAAGUCGACCGUGUGAUUGGCAAGCGUAAGAUCACCGUUGAUGACAUGUCCAAGCUGCCAUACAUCACCGCUGUGAUGCGCGAGACGCUGCGUCUGAGGCCAACAGCCCCCAUGAUUGCCCUUCACGCUCACCCCAUCAAGAACAAGGAGGACCCUGUUAAAAUCGGAGGCGGUAAAUACGUGCUUCAGGAGGAUGAGACGAUCGCACUCAUGCUUGGAAAAAUGCAGCGUGACCCGAAGGUCUAUGGUCCUGAUGCCGAUGAGUUCAAGCCAGAGCGCAUGCUCGAUGAAAACUUCGACAAGCUGCCUAAGAACGCAUGGAAACCAUUCGGAAAUGGCAUGCGAGGCUGUAUCGGACGGCCGUUCGCAUGGCAGGAGGCUCUUCUUGUGGUUGCGAUUUUGCUUCAGAACUUCAAUUUCCAGAUGGACAACCCCAGCUACGAUCUCCGCAUUAAGCAGACACUUACCAUCAAGCCUAAGGACUUCCAAAUGAAGGCUACCCUGAGAGAUGGACUCGACCCUACGCAGCUCAACACUACACUCAGUGGCUCUAACGCUCCACCCACAGAGUCUGGUGCCGGCAGCCGGGAUCGCAAGCCCAAGGUCACACCCGUGGAUGGCAAGCUGAAGCCAAUGCACGUGUUCUACGGUAGCAACACAGGAACUUGUGAGGCAUUCGCGCGCAGGCUGGCUGAUGAUGCCACUGCAUACGGCUAUGCCGCGCAGAUAGGUUCUUUGGAUUCGGCCAUGCAGAAUAUCCCCAAGAACGAUCCUGUGGUGUUUAUCUCAGCUUCGUACGAAGGACAGCCUCCGGAUAACGCGGCUCACUUCUUCCAGUGGCUUAGUGGGCUAAAGGACAACGAGUUGGAAGGCGUCAACUACGCAGUGUUCGGCUGUGGCCAUCAUGAUUGGUCGUCCACCUUCUACCGUGUACCUAAGGCCAUUGACCAACUAGCCAAGGACAAUGGAGCUAACCAGCUCUGUGAUAUUGGUCUUGCUGACGCAGCGCACUCAGACAUGUUCACCGAUUUCGAUGGCUGGGGUGAGACCUCAUUCUGGCCCGCCGUGAUGGCUAAAUUCGGUGGAGCUAGCCCUGAGCCUGCUGCUAGGUCGAAGUCUUCAUUGCAGGUCGAAGUGACCUCGGGUAUGCGCGCAUCCACCCUGGGACUCCAGCUCGAAGAAGGCUUUGUCAUCGAAAACCAGCUCCUUACACCACCCGGAGCUCCAGCCAAACGAGUGGUCAAGUUCAAGCUGCCAUCGGACAUGACCUACCAGUGCGGCGAUUACCUCGCAGUGCUACCCGUGAACCCAAGCUCAACCGUCCGUCGCGCAAUUCGCCGCUUCGACCUCCCAUGGGAUGCCGUCAUCAAAGUUCAGAAGCCCUCAGGCUCAACAGCUUCCCCCUCUAUCCCUAUCGACACGCCGAUCUCGGCCUUCGAGCUUCUAUCCACCUACAUCGAGCUAUCGCAACCCGCAUCGAAGCGCGAUCUCAAUGUCCUAGCGGAUGCCGCCAUUUCAGACGCGGAGGUCCAAGCAGAGCUACGCUACAUCGCCUCCAGCCCCAGCCGCUUCACCGAAGAAAUCGUCAAGAAGCGCGUCAGCCCUCUGGAUCUGCUUAUGCGCUAUCCCGCAAUCAAGCUCCCCAUCGGCGAUUUCCUCGCAAUGCUCCCCCCGAUGCGCGUGCGACAAUACUCCAUCUCCUCGUCACCACUAGCCGACCCAUCUGAGUGCACAAUUACCUUCACUGUGCUCAGCGCUCCCGCGCUCGCCAGCACCGCCCCAGAAGGCAGCGAAAGCAUCGAGCAAUACCUGGGCGUCGCAUCCAACUAUCUCUCCGAGCUCCAAGCCGGCGAGCGCGCACACAUCACCGUCCGCCCCUCUCACUCAGGCUUCAAGCCACCAAUGGACCUCGAAACACCGAUGAUCAUGGCGUGCGCAGGCAGCGGACUCGCCCCCUUCCGCGGAUUCGUCAUGGACCGUGCGGAAAAGAUCCGUGGUCGCCGCAGCUCUCCUGACUCAGAUGAGCUGCAUGACAACGCGGCUGUCAAGCCUGCCAAGGCGGUGCUAUACAUUGGCUGUCGCACAAAGGGCCAGGAUGAUAUCCACUCUGCUGAACUUGCAGAAUGGGCUGAGCUUGGCGCUGUCGAUGUCCGCUGGGCGUAUAGUCGACCCGCUGAUGGAAGCAAGGGAAAGCACGUUCAGGAUCUCAUGCUUGAAGAUCGUCAAGAGCUGGUGAAGCUCUUUGACGAAGGUGCAAAUAUUUAUGUUUGCGGUAGUACUGGCGUUGGUGCCGGUAUUCGCGAGGCUUGCAAGGAGAUGUAUCUUGAGAAGCGUCGCGAGGUGCUCGCCGAGCGUAAGGAGAAGGGAGAGACUCUGCCUGGUGAUGAGCUUGAGGAGGAUGAGGCUGCUGAGAAGUUCUUUGAUAAUCUGAGGACGAAGGAGCGGUAUGCUACCGAUGUGUUUACUUAG